CGGCGGGCGCCGGGAUGGCAGUGCCAGCCUCGCCCGCGCGAUGGCAGCACGUCCGAGCGACGUCUGUCUGUCCGAGCGGUGUCUGUCUGUCCGAGCGGUGUCUGUCCGAGCGGUGUCUGUCUGUCCGAGCGGUGUCUGUCUGUCCGAGCGGUGUCUGUCCGAGCGACGUCUGUCCGAGCGGUGUCUGUCCGAGCGAUGCCGGCUGGAGCCCGGGCCGCACCGGGGCACGGCGGGCUGCCAGGCUGGGCCUGUGGUGAGAGGGGACGUGCGGAGCGGCGGGAGCGCCAAGGCCCUGCCUCAAGGCCGAGCUGUUUUACUCUGCCCAGCUGCAAAGUUUGGUCUCUGGCCGCCCGGCCCUGGGACGGCUGCCUUCUGGGGCCUUUGCGAGAACCGCUCCGGCUGUGCCCAGGCGUCCACCGAGGGCCGUGCACAGUUUCCUUCGGCAGUUCCCAUCCAAGGCGUCCGCUGCCCGAGGAAAGGGCGGAGGGACGGGGUCAGCUAUUCCGAAACUGGCCCAUUCUCAAACAGAAUUUGUCAGUCUCUUUCCAAGAUGGGGACUGGGAAAGGAAAGCGGGAGAGCAGAGCGUUGCAGAGCGGGCAUACUUCCACACCUGCAAGUAGCUCCACUUAUGAAGUACCUGAAGAGCAUCUGUCCCUGAUCACUUCGCCAUUAGCACCCAUUACAGCCACUACCAAAGAUGGGUUAGAACAUGAGACAAACACCUUAGAAGAAUUCUUCCAGAUACAGAUUCAGGCUCCUAACUUUGCACAUCUCCAAACAGUGGUCUGCAUUCCAGAUGAUAUCCAGGAUGAGCUGUUGGAGCACCUUUCAAGAAUUGGAGGUGAGGCUGACUGGCCAGUUGUUUUCUGGAUCUUCAAUGUUGCCCUUUUUGAAGAGUGGAAUGACUCUGGCUUUCCUCCACGCACACCUCUCCUGUUCUUCAUGGCAUUUCAGUGA